GACCGGUAGGGGCGCUGCAGUCGCCCAGCGGCCCGAGGUCGGCCGUAACCGGUACCAUGACUCAGCGGCGCCCCGCCCCGGGGUAAUUACAUACUGCGCAGUUGCAGCGGUCCAGACCGGGACAAAGGCCGACGGAGGAGCACGAGCUGCACUGCGUCCACCAGGAGGGUCAGUCGACAGAGCGGGUGGUCCAACAGUGUGUGGACGGUACUGAGCUCUGUCCACCGGAGCCGACCACGGCGGAGGCGGCGAAUAUCAGGAGGUGCGUCCCCUCAUGGACCGCCUGUACGACGAGCUGCAGGGUCUGAAGGAAGCCGUCAUAACUCUGAUUGGACAGCAGUCGCCGCCGGCGGCCGGCCCGCACACCCGGCCGCAGAGUUCCGCAGAGCUGCGGGACGCGGUGCUGGCCGACGCUCGCGGCAUGCUGGGCGAGGAGCUGCGGCAGCUGCGCCGAGAGCUGCAGGAGCUGAGCCUGGAGGUGGCCCAGAUGAGGAACCCAAAGCAGCUGGAGGCGCAGGCGGCACCACAGCUGCAGCAGCUCCCCAUACCGCAGCUGUUUUCCUGCGGUGGCAAGGCCCCCUCCACGGCGGCUCCCACCAUCUUCGGGUUGGGGUUCAGUAAGAAGACGCCCGCUACCCGGACGGUCUCCGGCACGGACGGCGGUCUCAGGUUCGGCAAGGCACCGUCGGCCUGGACUGGCUGUACCACGACUGGCGCCUCUGCUGCCGCCUCCACUGGCUUCAGCUUUGGACCGACCACAGCGCCACCUGCUCAGCCGAGCACGCCGAGCUUCUCGUUCCGUCCGCCGACCGCCGAGGGCGCCACCAGCACACCGGCAAAGGCAAGGGGCGAGAACACCACGGAGGAGGGACCUGUCAGCUCGACCUCUGGCUCUGGCGCCGCGGUCUCCAAUACCACCACCUCCAGCGCCGCGACCUCCGCCCCCGCCGCUGCACCGGCCGCCGCAACUGGAUCGACUGGUGCCGGCGCUGCGGCCACCCCGGCCCCGUCAGCACCACCGGCCGCCGCAACUGGAUCGACUGGUGCCGGCGCUGCGGCCACCCCGGCCCCGUCAGCACCACCGGCCGCUGCUACUGGAUCGACUGGUGCCGGCGCUGCGGCCACCCCGGCCCCGUCAGCACCACCGGCCGCCGCAACUGGAUCGACUGGUGCCGGCGCUGCGGCCACCCCGGCCCCGUCAGCACCACCGGCCGCCGACACUGGAUCGAUUGGUGCCGGCGCUGGGUGGUGCCGGCGCUGGGUCAAUGGUCCAUCUACAGAAACCAGCAUCAACUCCACUCCUCCUGACUCGACGGGACGGUGGCUGCAGCUGCUGCCGCCGCCCUUGAGGCGCCUGGACGUUUACGGAUCGAGGGAGACGGGGGAGCCGCUGACACUGCCGGAGGACAGACGGCCCGACCAUGGGCUGGAGGUCGUCAUACAACAGGCGGGAGAUGACGUCAUCAACCAGCUGGCCAAGAAGCUGGGACCACGGGCUGGUCGGGCUGGGUUGCUGGUCAUGUUCGACUGCCCGCGUGUCACUGCCGGGGCCCUACAGCGACUGCUAUCUGCCCUCACCGGCCUGGAAGACGUCACACUUGACGGCGCUCUGUCCGGCGCCAUCACUUACGCCUCACUGGCCGCCCUCCACGGCUGCUCCCAGCUGCGUAACAUGCAGCUGGGACAGCGCAGUGAACUCUGUACGGAUAUACCGGUCACAGCGGUCAGCAGACUGGUGGUUACCUGUCGGAAACUGGAGUGGCUGCAUGUUUACGCAACGGAGCAGCUCAGUCAGAGGGUCCUGGACGUCCUGGUCCAGGCAGACCUGGGGAAAGGAGAUGACGGCAAGCCGAGAACACUGAGGUUCCAGGUCCUAGUACUCGUCUAUGAGAAGCUGAGAAAGCCGCCGUCCACCAGCAGCAUCAAAGUGGAUAAGUUCUGGUAGGAGUAUCAUUCGAAAAUACCACGCCGACUCAGAAUGCGCCUGCAGCAGUCAUCCUCAACUUGUUCACCCUUGGAUUGGAAGGAUCCGAGAAUAUGACGGACAAAUGGGACGACAGUCUGCCGGGCUUCAUCACCAACUAGGAGCCGGUGAAACUGCGCUCCUUCAGCAUCAGCGUGCACCGGGUGAACACGGUGGUGCCAAACACUUAUCGCUUGUUCUUACUAUGCUGCUUCUGCUUAUGCGUUUCCUGUAUCAUGUAUGAUGAGAAACAAUAACGUGAUAGUUCGGUUAACCCGCGCCCCGUUGGGCUCUGCCGAGCAACGCGCCCCCCCAACGGGGCGAGGGUUAAAAUCAUUCAAAUGAUGUGAGCAAUUGUAGAGAUUGUGUGACUUAGGGACUAAAAAUAUGGAUAAGAUACACAGUUAUAUGAUCGUCAAUGCUGCCUUAUCCAGCUUUAUCCGUUAGAGCACCCUCCUUUACGGAAUCGAUAGAAUGAAGGCACCAUAUGUCCUUUACAUUUCUAAAGACGCCUGUGAAAACUGGAAAGUUAUUAUUGCGUACAGUCUCUCCUGAAAGUACCGAUACACUGUGCGGCGGUGUCAACAAACCCGACCGAGGGAGGACUGCCAAGUUUGAGAGCCACCGAAUCGCCUGACCUGGGGAUGGGUGACGAUGGCGAGGGGGGGGGGGGGGCGGGGCGAGUUUAGCCGGCGGUUCUCCGCCCCUCACAUUGUCUGUGUAUCGGUACUUUUGUGAGAGACUGUACAUUCACAUGGUGUGUGCUGUUGAACUUGCUGCUGGGUGUAAAUGUGAUAGAAACUGGUUGACGUGAGAAACAAAUGUAAUAGAAUCUGUUUGACGUGAGAAACAAGUGUAAUUAAUUGCUAAGUGCCGUUGUUAUGUACGGCUUUAGGGAUAAGGGAUAGGUAAGUGGCUUUUUCCCACACUGUCUAAAAAAUGUGUGAAUGAUCUAUGAGCGCGAAAGUGAGCAAAUGAGACAUACUUUUAGGACACCUGUAUCGGAGAAAGGUGAAUGAACUACGCGUUUUUUUUUUUCUUACAGGACAAGAAUUCUACACUUCACUCACAUGAAUAUGAUAAUGCUUUUGCUGCUUGUGAUUGCUCGCAAUAAACGCAUGCAAGUUAUA